AUGGCUUCCAAAGACGAAGAAAAUAUAAGUCCGACUAAUCCAGUGGCUCUAUCAAUGCCAUCAAAACGUGAAAACUUAAUGCCAGCUACGUCAUUUGAGUCUUCCGCAAACAAUGAUAAUGAUAACGAAGAAGAUCAACGAAUUUCUUCACAAUUAAGUGAUUCUUUUUACUUUGGCAUGGACUCUAUGAACAUCUUAUCAUCGCAAGAGAACGAUAUCUUAAUGAAUGCUGAUCCAAUCAGCGUAAAGAACAACAAAAGAACGUUCGAUAGCCUUUUAGAAGAGAAAUCUGGUGAAUCUCAUGUCAUAUCACAUGAUUCUGAUGCAUCAGUUUCGAAAAAAAUUAACUCUAUGACAUCUUCAGCUGUGAAUCAAGCUGAAACUCAGAAUAUCCAAUUAUCAUCUUUUUCAUUUAAACCAGUUAAACGUAAAACUCGAAAGGUUAUGUAUAAAAUUACGAAUGAAAAGGAAAUUAAUUCUUCCGGUAAUAAGAAGGCGCGUCAUGAUUCUUCCACACAUGCAUCACAAUCAAUGUCUUCACAGAAGGCAACCAUUGUUGCAACUGAACGGAUCCAUUCUGGCCCAUCUAAGACAACUCGAUGGAGGAAAAAAAAACCGACGCGUGAAGCUUCUUUACCAAAAAAUAUAGGACCUCCAUUGAACCCUGUUGGCAUAUUUUCAAACUUUCGAAUCUUUUUUAUUCCAAAUAAUAUUGAUAAAGUUCGUUUGAGAUUAUUGAAAGAAAAAGUAAUCGAAAAAGGAGGACAAGUAGUCGAUGGUGAGUUUGAUGCUUCGACUACACACGUGAUCACAGCUUUACAAGGACAAAGAAUUUUAGAAAUUUUAGGAAUUCUUGAAAACAAUGUGCCUCAGUAUGAAAAACUCGUAGAUAUAAACUCACACAUUGUAAAGACAUCAGAUGUGUUAGAUACUCAGCAAAUAGAAAAAAGUGUUCAUGACAAUGACGAAAAUAAAAGAAAUGAUAAUUAUAUAAAAAAAAAGCAGAGGCAAGAAUCCAUGUCUCCAAAGAGGCGAUCUUCUUCUCCACCCUCUGUCACACCAGAAGUAUCCGCGCUGACUUAUGAAUCAUCACCAACUGUUAGUGAUGUGAUUUCGGGUGGUGAUGAUCCCUUGCUGGAAAUGAUUGCGGAGACCAAAUGUCUUGGUUUUCUGUUGGAGGAUGAUGAUGAUGAGUCUCAAAGCGUACAAAGUGAAAUGUCUGAUUCAGAAGAUGAGUUUGCUGAAUCGUCAACGCAGAACGAAGUGAACUUAAAAGUAAAUAAAAAAGUCCUAUCACAGACGCAAGAAACUACUUCUGAAUUAUCUCCUAAAGAAGCGAAGUCUUUCAAAGGAUUUUCUUGUAUGCAGAAACAUACAUACGGAGAAGAUGAUGCUAGUCCGAAUAAACUGAUAAUCGAUAAACUUAAGGUACUAUUAGAUCACUAUCAACGAAUGAAAGAUGAUUGGAGGAUUAUAAGUUACCGGAAGGCUAUUUCUGCGAUUAAAAGACAAAAAGAGCCAAUUACCUCUUAUCAAGAGGCUAUAGAAAUUAGUGGUAUAGGACAUCGCACUGCUGAAAAGAUCGUAGAAAUUCUUGAUACAGGAAAUUUAAGAAGAUUGCAGCAUUUUUCAAAGGAUGAUGAAGUGAUUGAAAAAUUCAGCGAUAUUUGUGGUGUAGGGCCAUCCAUUGCCAUGAAAUGGUAUGCAAAAGGUUAUAGGACUUUUGAUGACAUUAUUCAAAAUGUCAAAUUAACACGCCUUCAACGUAUUGGAAUAGAAUAUGAAGUGACAGAAAUCUCAAAACGCGUAGAAGAAGCAGCUUGCCGAAUUGAUCCAAAAUUAAUAUGUAUUACAGUCGGGUCUUAUAUAAGAGGCAAACCAACUUGCGGGGAUAUUGACAUUUUAAUAACCAGAAAUAAUUCAGAUGAAAAAGAAAACUCGGGUUCCCUUUUAAAGUUGCUUAAUACUCUACGUGAACAAGGACUAUUGACGCAUGACCUCACGCAGCAUCAGGAAGAAAGUUCAAGAAGAUAUUUUGGAAUUUGUAAGCUACAUGGUGGAAAACAUCGUCGAAUAGAUCUUUUUACUGUACCAUUUAAUGAAUUAGGUGCGGCAUUAUUAUCUUUUACAGGAAAUGAUAUUUUUAAUCGAAGUAUGAGAUUGCUUGCGAGAAAAAAGAAAAUGAAACUGAAUGAUCAUGGUUUAUAUAAGCAUAUCUCUCGUGGUCGUCGUGGUGACGCUUUAAAUGAAGGAACAUUAAUUGCGCAAAAAACCGAAAGGGAAAUAUUUGAUGCUUUGGGGUUUGACAAUAAUAAAUACCCUAUUACGAAGGAAUUUUUAACUCUUCUUGCAGAACUUAAAAAAGUAUGCUUAGUGAAUUUAGAAGGCAUUAAAUUUACUGGUGAUGGAAAAAUGUCUUCAAUUCUCACAAAACGGUCAGAAUAUUUUCGAAAAAUAAUUGAAGGUGGUUGGAUUGAAGAUUCACAACAAAAUACCGGUAAUUUUGAUAGUCAACGUUCAACUAAGAGUCAUAUAAUUAAAGAACCGGGAAACGAAUCACCUUCGUCAGAACUAUCAAAUGAUAAGGCACGAUUAAACGACGAAAGAGAUAUAUCUCCCAAAAGAGAAAAAGUAUCAGGCUGA